AUGUCAGUUUAGAGAUAAUAAGAUCUUAAGGUGAUUUUGAAUGGGUCUAAGCUAAGAUUUUGUCUGUAGAAAAUGAUGAAAUUCUACAACUAGACUUUAUUUACGAUAAAUGGUAGCAAUAAACAAGGAUCAACAUAAAAAGAGGAAUCAAUUGGAGGAAAGGUUAUUAAAUGGGCUUUUAUUGGAUAUAGAGCAUAUUGUGAGUAAGGGAGUAAAUAAGAUACAUUGGGAUCAUUCGACGGCUGGUCAUCUAAAUUUGAUGAAUGGAUUCCACUGUAUUCUCUUCGCCUAAGGCCAUUUCUGACAUAAACUUUGAAAUAUAGAAUAGAGUCUGAAAGAAACACUUUCAUUUUACCGAAUUCAGCAUUAUAAUCACUGCAAAAUGUAAAAUCAAUAGUUUAAAGUGGUGGAGCAGAUAUCGAUGAAUCUACAAAUUAUGAAGAAUCUACCCUCCUAGUUGCAUGCUAAUUAGGAAGAUAUGAUAUAGCUGAAUAUUUAAUUUCAAUUAAAGCAGACAUUAAUAAGAGAACUAGAUACUUUAUUUCGCCAUUGAUUGCUGCCAUCUAAGGGGAGCAUUUUGAUAUUGUUAGAUUAUUGGUAGAAAAUGGUUCAGAUUUAAAUCUGAAUACGAAUAAUAUCUAUGCUUCAUAGAAAAUACAUUAAUAGCUCGAAAAAGUAUUGCUGUUGAUUUAUGAGAUUCAAGAAUUUGAAAGAAUUAAAGAUAUUUUAAAUCUUCUUGAUGGAAAAUAUUCGCUUGAUAGAAUCGAAGCCUCAUAUAAUAAGAUAAAUAAGAAUAUAUGCCGCAAAGUUAUCACUGAGUAUAUUUGA